AUGAAUUCAUUUACAUAUUCAUUUAUAUAUAUUCCUUAUUUUGUUUCCUUAUUUGUUUAUUUUUUUAAUUACAUAUUUAUGUGUUUAUUUGUUUAUUUGUUUAUUUGUUUAAUUUUUUUUUUUUUUUUCUUUUUCAAAAUAAAGAGUUAUUUAGUUACUAGAGCAGGGACUGUUUAUGAUAAAUUAUACGAUUAUAGAAAUGAUAAUUUUAAAUUAGAUAGAAGUAUAUCAUCAAUAAAUAAAACAGAAUGUUCUGAUAUGAAUGAAAAGUAUAAAAAGAUAAAUAAAAAUAAUACAUUUGAAUAUAUUAAUGAAAAAGAAAAUAAUAUAGAAGAAACUUGUAAAAAAAGAAAAAAAAGAUUAAAAAAAAAUUUUUAUCUUAAUGAAUCAAGUGAUUACGAAGUAAAAAAUUUUAACAGUAAUGAAAUAUACAAAACUUGCGUUAUCACUAAUGUAAAUAAUUUUAGUUAUUCAAAGAAUAUAAAUGAAAACAACACAAAAGAGUUAAGUUUAAUAAAUGACGAUACAAUUUAUAAAAAUGAUAGUAUAAAAAAAAUUUUUAAUAAUAUAACCAGUAAAAUAAAUUAUAUAAGAGAUAAACAUAUUAUAACUAAUAAAUUUAGUAAUAUCAAUAAUAAUAAUAAUAAUAAUAAUAAUAAUAAUAAUAAUAAUAAUAAUAAUAAUAAUAAUAAUAAUAAUAAUAAUAAUAAUAAUAAUAAUAAUAAUAAUAAUAAUAAUAAUAAUAAUAAUAAUAAUAAUAAUAAUAAUAAUAAUAAUAAUAAUAAUGAAAAGAUAGAAAAUAAUUUAAGUAAUUCUAUAAGAAGUAACAAAUUUAAUAAUAUAAACUGUAAUAAUAAUAUACUCGAAAAAUCAGAGAAUGAACUAAUAACUUUAAAUAAUGAAAAACAAGAAAAAUUUAUACAUAUAAAUCAACUUUAUUAUAAUGAAAUUCACGUAUAUAAAAAAAGUAAUAAUACCUAUAAUAAAUGCAUCACUUGUAAUUUUACUCAUAUUUGCCAUUUAUGUAAAAGAGAACAAUUUUCUACAAUCUUAAAAAAGAAUGAAAAUGAAAAUAAUGAAUAUUCACAAGUAUAUUAUUUGAAUUACUUUUAUGAUGAUUAUAUUUGUGAUAUUAUAGGACCAUAUACAUUUAAAAAUGAUUCUUAUUUUUUUCAUAUAUGUUGUCUACUUUCAAUAAGUAAUUUAAAUAUAGACAAAAAAUUGAACGUAAUUUCUAACUUUAACAUUGAAUUAUAUGAGAAAAUUGAAUGUUCAUUUUGUAAAAAAAAAAAUGCAACUAUUCAAUGUAAUAGUAAAAAUUGUAAAAAUAUUUAUCAUUGUCCCUGUUUAUAUGAAACAUAUAAUGAAUUUUUUACAAAAAACAGAAAAAAAUUUAAAAAUUCUGAAUUCAUAUUUCCAAAUCCUUUGUAUAAUGAAAUUUUCUUUUGUCCAAAAUGUUUUUCAGAAAAAAAAAACUUAAAAGAUGAAAAUAAAAGCAUGUUCAAAGGAAACAUAAAUCUAAGAAGAUGGAUUUUUAUGAAUAAAAAAGAGGAACACAUAGAUAGUACUUAUAACAACAUCAAUUUAUAUGAUGAUAAAAUAAUGAAUAUAUUUUAUAUACCUCAAAUAAAUGAUGAAAUUAUUUUUUUCCCAAAUAUUUUUAAAAAAACUAAUAGUUACCUAAUUGAUUUAUUUUAUGUUUGGUUAAAUAUAGAUCGUCCAUUUACAGCCAAAAUUUUUAAUAUGCAUUAUAUAUUUCCUAGGGGAAAAAAUAAUAAAAAUAUUGUUAUUGUUUUAAAGUUAUUAAUAAAAAAAAUCUACAAGAACUUAAAAAAUGAUGAAACAAUAAAAAAAAAUGAAUUUUCUCAAGAUAACAAAAAAGCUGAAAAAAAUAUAGAAAGCAUAAAUUUAAAUUGUGAUGAUAUAAAUGAUAAUUUCUAUUUCUUUAAAAAUAAAAAUGAAACUUUUAAUUUUAAAAAAAUAUAUAAGUAUGAAAAUAUACAUAAAAAAGAAUUUGAUCAUCACAAUCACAAAACAAUUAGCAUACAUUAUUCUCCAUACUUACUACAAAAUAAUUCAAAUAAUCAAUUCAUUAUUUUAAAAAAAGAUUUUGACAAUAGUAUAGUAAAUUUAAUAUAUAAUUUAAAGAAAUAUAUGGAAGUUCAAAUAAAUUUUAAUUUUCAAAUAUAUAAAGCAAAAAUAAUUUAUUUAAAAAAAAAUAAGUUGACUAAUAAUAGAAAUGAUAGUUUAAGCAUUAAUUUAUCAAACAAAUCGCUUUAUUAUGACGAAUUUUCUAAGCAAUAUUAUUAUAAUUUAAAAGGUAUUAAAUGA